UUGUCUCUGUUCUGUCAAAACGGGCUGUUUUUCUGAACUUUUUCUGCGAUUUCACGAUUGCGUGUUUUGUUUCUUUUUCAUUUAAAUAAUCUAAAAUAAUUCAAUUUCUUGCCAAAAAGCUAGAUUUCAUUUAUCGCUAUUAUGAUUAACGCGAGUACUUAUAUUUAUAGAUAAAUGUUAGCAAUAGAGUGAGUACAAUAAUUCGUAAGCAUUACCGUCCACGCGGAUUUUUAUAAUGGAAAACCUUGAUCAAAGUAACAAUAAGAAUGUGUCGCUGAGUUUAAUAGCCGAAUAUGGCUCGGAAUCAGAUUCUGAAGACACCAGGUCUAAUGAUAAUACGGGAAAUGACUCUGACGCUGUCGAGCAUAGUGAGAUGGUUUUAAAGAAUAAUAUAAUCAACGCUUGUGCCCAUGGUCCACUGUCGGAGGGUGGUGAUAGUGAUGUGGUUACCACCAGGCACAUGAUUAUCGAUAGCGCGGAGAGCGGUGUAGUGGAAUAUGAUGUAACAGAGUACCGAGAUCUCGACAGUGACUCGUCAAGUUCGGAUAAUUCGAGUGAUAGUGAAGUAGAUUCUGUGAAAGAUAUCGAGGAGCUCUCUAGUGGAGAUGAAUUGGAAGUAAACAACAAACCAGAAAAGCUGGAGCCUCCGAAGGUGCAUGGCGAACUAGGUUUGGAUGACUUGCCUCCCAUAGAGGACCUCGCAAUCAGUCUUCCAGCUCAGGAGACUGUCAAGAUAGGCACCGUCGCCAGUAUAGUUGAUAGAUUAGUUAUAGUUCGUGCAUUUCCAGAAACUCCAGCCGUGGAUCUGGACAGUGUGCUUUUUCUAGAAAAUGGUGCAAAAACACUGGGAAAAGUGUUUGAUGUUUUUGGGCCGGUAACGGAGCCUCACUACUGCGUACGCUUCAACUCGGUGGAGCACGUGCGCGAGCGCGAGGUGUCGUGCGGCGCGGACGUGUUCAUCGCGCCGCGCACCAGCCACACCAACUACGUCUUCCUCUCGCAACUUAUGAAUGUAAAAGGCUCGGAUGCAUCAUGGCUCAAUGACAUAGAGCCUCCGCCCAGCCACAUUGACUUCUCGGACGAUGAAGAGGAAAGACGAGCCAACAGAGCCAGGAAGGAUCAACAAAAACAGAACAGACAGGAGUCUUCAGAGGACGGGGAAAAUUCCAAAAAUCCCCCACCUAGAAAAAUGUUGGAAGCCAGACGUAACCAACGCCCUUCUGAAUCCAGUUCAAGAUUUGGGGGUUCCAGCAGAGGGCGCAGUAGCGUGCCGCCCGGGUUCCGAAGAACUCCUAAUUUCUCCCGUUCGAGGCCAUGGGACGACCAGGAAAUGAGAACCCCGCCACCACACCCAAACUUAGACCCCGGAGGUCAACCGUUCCCUUUGUUUGCCCCUCAAAUGUUGCCACCGUUCAACCCCACGACGCCACCUCCUUAUAUGAUGAACCGUAUACCGUUCAGCAGGAGAAUGCCGGUUCUGCCGCCACCCUUUAGGCAAAAUGCGCCCAUUUUUGGGGCAAACUACUGCAACAUGCGCGGCCCGCAGCCGCAGUGGCUCAACCGACACCCCCCUCCCCCCGGAACGUAAAACGCACACGGAUAAUACAUGUUGAUUUGAUUUAAGUAUGUUAUUAAUCUUAAUGCAGUCGAUGCUCCUUAUUCACGGGGGAUACGUUCCCUAACAAGAAGGUUCCUCAGACGAAACUAAACCCCGAUCUUAGUUACUUCAUGUUUAGGUUCAGAGAGGAAAGAUGUCCACUUUGCUUCAAUUAUUAUUUUUAUGUUUGUUGAUUGAUUAUAAGAAAAUGAUUUAUAAGAAAAUUAUUUCCAUAGAUAGGCUAAUGUUUGAUAGAACGGCGGAAUAACAGAACUGCUUAGCUGUUCAUUAAAUCUUAUUGCAUAUUUUUGCGAUUAAAAAUAUGAAUCCGAGAAAAUAAAAUAAUUGUAAUUUUUCCAUUUGUGAAUAAGGAGAAUCAACUGUUCUAUUGUUUAGUCAAUAGCUAGUGCUGUGUUAACAUUACUAGUUUGCUUAUCCAAAUAUCUAUAUAUUUAUAAUAAAUUAAAGUUAUGGUACAGUG